UUAAGUUCAUCUACAAGUUAAAUUAUCUUUCGAUGGUUUCCUCCUCUGUGAUUACUGUCGUAAUUUACUGACUUUGCUUUGCUUGAUGUAUGAUGUAUUGCACCUGAGCAUUUUUCAUUGCGCCGUCCAUAACGGCUGCUUCGUUGCGCGAGCGGACACGGCUGAACAUUUGCUUGCCCAUUAAAAUACUUCCGGUCGCAACAAAGAGUUUUCAAAUCAAUAUGACUGUGCUUUAAUGGAGGCAGCGUUUAGUGGAACAUUUCAGUGUGUUGUUAGGCUGUUACCAGUAACUAGGUUGGAUCGAUAUUGUUCGCAGCUGGACGUCGCGGGAACAACUACAGCCUAUCGGAAUUAUGGAUGAGCAGACUUUAAGUAUAAUUUUGGAAUGCCCAGUAUGCCUGAAUGUGCUGACUGAAUCCAGCAAAGUUUUACCAUGCCAGCAUACAUUCUGUCGCGAAUGUCUGGACGAUAUCGUGGCUAAACGCGGGAUUCUACAUUGUCCUGAGUGCCGGGCUUUGAUCACGACAGCGGUAUGUGAUCUACCACGGAAUAUCCUAUUGAUGCGCUUGUUGUCGGGAAUCCAAGCUAAACGGCACAGCAACACAGGACUGCAGCCUUACCUAGCCGACUGUUCCGCGUCGACAUCAAUCGAUUUCAGCACUAAAUCCUGCCCGACUACACCUGGUUAUACGGCAGCAAACUUUCCACUAUUUUUUCCUCAAACACACCGGAAAAGUUUGCCAAAUGAUGACCCGCGGCACCAAGAAAAUGUCACAUCAUCCAGAAGGAUACACAAUGGUUUACCACGCUCUCCGUCCGCUUUACUGCACACAGUAUCGGACGGUAAUGAUUCCCAUAACAUCAGCCUGCACAGUGCCUCAUCCGCUAACUCCGGAUUGCGAACUAGUCGGACAACUACGGAUUUAGCUAAUUUAGCCAACAGAUAUGAUGGUUGUGAUGAGACGUCCGCUGUCGUGUUAACCACCGCCGAGUCGACAGUGGAAAAUCGAUUUUUUGCGGUACCCGCCUACGCGGCCAACAAUUUCGAAUCCGUUCCACCGGAAGGGACACCGUUGACGUCGACGCCUUUUACUCUGUCGGCAUGGCGAAUUUCAUCGCACAACAGGUCGUUUCCUGUUGAAAAACAGUCCGGUUAUACCGGGAUUAAUGGAAGUAGGGCAGGAGUGAGGAAUUUAUCGACAGGCGACCAUUCGACGUCCAUACACUUUCGCUAUAACGGGCGCAGUGACCGCACUAGCGGCGCGGAUCAGUCGGCGGCGCAUCAGUCCACGCUUACCGCAGAGCAAAAUGAUGCAGGCGAUGUAGCAGUUUUCAACUACCCCCAUUCUAUGCUCGCCGUCGGCACAAUUGACGCGGCCUCCCAUCAAAAAGACAGCAGGUCGUUUAUAAAAAACUUUUUUCGGAGCCAUAAAAAUCCGGAUCCAUCGCCAAAGUAUAAGAAUUCGCCUGGCCAUGAUAGCGGAUACAAAGGGUCUCUUGGUAAUGAGAAGCCUAAAACUGCGUGCCUGACUACGUUGCGGUCCACUGGAAAUCGUCCCAGCAAGCCGGUUAACUUUGAAUGCUACCGGUGCAUAGCGCCUUAUCCCGCUCGCAAUCAUUAUGAAUUGGACUUACGUCUGAAUGACUUACUAUAUGUCCAUCAAAAACAUUCGGACGGAUGGAUGAAGGCAACACAUGAGCGCACCGGUCGGAAUGGGCUGAUCCCCACCGCGUUUGUGGAAAGGUUACAUGGGAGCGUCACCAUCACUUAAUGAUAGACCAUACAAUAACAUUUUACGCUCCCACCUGGUCCAACUCGGCUUUAUCUGUCAUUUAUCAUGCUUGGCUUCUGCGGUAUUUUUGAUGGUUUUGCCUGAUUGUUGCAUUGAUUUCUUGCUGUAAUUUGUGCAACUUCCUGUCCUGAUCGUGAAUCGUCGAUGUGGGUUGUUCUGUCAUUCUGCUGUAAUGUCACCCGCUGCAAAGAGUUGUAGAUUAUUCGUUGCGUAAAAAAUGAAUCCCGGACGAUACAUCAAAGUACCUCUCUUAUUAUCCUGAUCUUCUUAUUAGCCUAGCCUGAU